AUGUUCAAACGAAAUAUGGGAGCAAAGGCACCACAAAAAGAACAACAACCUGCAGCUCAGACAACCUUGAGUGUCAUGGAAGGAUUUUUGUGUCGAUUUUUGGAAGGUUGUGUGAGAGGAAUUUGUGAUGUUUUUAUUGAAACAAUUUCUCAUCCGGUUUUGGCUGGCUUGUUGCGAUAUAUCAAAAUUAUUGGACCAGUUUAUGUACCAAAGAUUUAUGCUCACUACCGACAUCCUCAACCAACAAAUCAAUAA